AUGCCAAAGUUGUCUUUGCCAAGUUUCAAGGGAGAUACCGAUCCUAGUGUAUGUUUAGAGUGGAUAGCUAAAGUAGAACAAGUUUUUAGUUUGUAUGAUGUAGAUGGACAUUUGCGUGUAAAGUUAGCUACUUUAGCUUUAGAGGGAUACGCCAUGCAAUGGCUAACUAGGAUGAACAUUACCAGGGGCUCACCCGCGAGCUCUUGGGAACAUUUUCGGUGCUUGUUGUACCAGCGAUUCGUACCUCCAUACUACCAUAGGGACCUCCUGAUUAAGCUCCAACGGCUUACUCAGGGUAGACGAAGUGUGGAGGAAUAUGCGCGUGAGCUCGAAGUGCUCUUAUACCAUACUAACACUAAUGAGACUGACCACGCGAAAAUAGCUAGAUUUAUUAGAGGUCUCAAUAGAAACAUCCAAGAUGUUGUAGAGCUCCAUGAUGAUGAGGAUUUAGAUGUUGUGGUACAUCGGGCUAUGAAAGUAGAGAGACAAAUUUUAAGAAAAGAGUCCUACCGCAACAAAUUUUCCACUUCUUCAAAAGAUAAUUUUUACAAAACCUCAUCAUCAAGGGACAAAGAAAAGGAUGUUUCUAGAGAGAUUCCUCAUAAAUCUCAGCCAUCUUCUACUAACCCCGCGCCUUCUUCUUCUAAACCUAAGUCACCAACGCGACCUAGUCAAGUCAAAUGUUUUAAGUGCUUAGGUCAUGGUCACAUUGCAUCUGCAUGCCCAAACAAGAGGGCAAUGUGCAUUAGGGGAGAAGAGGUUGUCACCGAUGACUCUCCUCCUUCUUCACCUUCACACACUUCUCACUCUUCUUCUUCCUCUAGUGAAGAUGAGUACAAGGUUCCAUUUGAUGGCGACCUACUAGUUAUAAGACGUCUCUUGGGUCAAGUCCACACGGACUUUGACACCACUCAAAGAGAAAAUAUUUUUCACACUAGAUGUCUUAUAGCUAGCAAGGUUUGCUCCAUGAUCAUAGACGGGGGAAGUUGCACUAAUGUAGCUAGCACACGUGUAGUGGAAAAGCUCAAGCUACCUACUAUUGCGCAUGCCAAGCCAUACAAACUUCAAUGGUUAAGUGAGGAGGGUGAAAUCUUGGUCAAUAAGCAAGUCCAUAUUUCCUUUUCUAUUGGCAAGUAUCAAGAUGAGGUUCUUUGUGAUGUUGUACCCAUGGAAGCUACUCACAUUCUAUUAGGACGACCAUGGCAAUUUGAUAGAAAUGUUCAACAUGAUGGUCUUACUAAUAGGAUGACAUUCACUUACCAAGAGCGCAAGGUCAUAUUAAAACCUCUCACUCCAAAGGAAAUACAUGAGGUCCACCUCAUCAUGAAGUCCAAGAGAGGUGAAGAAAAGGAGAAGGUCAAGAAUAAUCUCCUCAUCUCUCAUAAAGAGUACGUCUUUCAAGCUAGAUAG